AUGGGACGACGAAUUCGUGUCGUAGUCCGUCUUCGUCCAGGCGAAGGUGGACUCUCAUGCGUCGGUGUCGACGAUGUGAGUAAAAAUAAUUUGACGGUGGCGGAUCUAUCAGGAACACAUGCGGGCAGCGCCCCUCGAGGCUUUCCCGUCGAUCAAAUUAUUCUAGAGGAUUGCGGCAACGACGAGCUCUUUCGUAGACUCGUACUCGGACGCAUUAUUUCUUCUGCUGAUGAGCCAGAUACCUCAUGUUUUUUGGCCUAUGGGCAUACCAAUAGCGGUAAAACCCACUCUAUAGCUGGGACAGGCAAGGAGCCGGGACUGUUGACGCUCUCUGCCAAGGCGGUACUUGAUACCUACGGCGCAGCGGAGGUUGCCAUGCUAGAAGUAUACGGAGAAAGUGUACAUGACCUUCUGGCCGAGGGUGAACGACGCCGAAUUCGACGUCGUUCAGGUCCUAGCGGAACGGUAAUAGUGGUGGAAAACUUGACAUCUUGUUGUCUAUCCUCAAUGGAGGAAUGGAAUGCGGUCUCUGAAUUUGGGAUGCAGACACGGCGAACCGCGCCAACUGAGCGAAAUGCACGUAGUAGCCGUAGCCAUGCCAUAUUCAUUAUUAAGAGCAGGGGCAUGCGCCUUUGUUUAGUAGACUUAGCGGGCAGUGAGAGACAGACUACCUAUUCGCCACAAUUAAAUAAAGAAAGUAUUGCCAUCAAUAAGUCUCUUUCGCGUCUUAGUACGGUGUUAGAGGCCCUUAGCACAGCAAGAUUGAAUUCAGAUGGUACAACGUCGUACGUAAACUUUCGUGACACGACAUUGACUGUACUCCUUCAACAAUAUCUUUCUGGUGCCUCCAUGACAGUAUUUCUUGCGUGUGUUCAUCCAAAUACGGCGUUUUACCACGAAACGAUGAGCACUAUGCGGUAUACGCAGCGUCUAAAACGCAUUAAUACCAAAAAUGCUCCAAGGAGGCCAAGUGAAGAUAUGAGUUUGUUUCAUCCAGGAGAAAAGCAAAAUUUGCUGGCGGAGUUAAUGAUGUUGAGAAAAAUUGUGGGAAGACAGCAAAAUCAACAACAAGAAAUUCAUCAUUACGGUAAGGGGUUUCGAAGUGACGGCGAAGAAACUGUGGUUGAAGGGUUAAUGCAGGGUCCUCGCUCAGUUUCUUUGCUUCUAGACCAUGACGCAUUUCCUCGGAAAAAUGUUUCCAUGUCUCCUGCACCUAGUGCUGAACAUAGACAGCGUCUAUUGCGUUCCAAAGACACCAUGCGCGUGGCUGGUUGGUUGCUUAGUCGGAUUCUUGGUGAACUUCCAGAGUUUUCUGUUGGGUUUGAUGACUACUUUGACAGCUACUUGCCCCCUCAAGUGCAAGUGGUGGGAUACGUUUCCCUGAUGGCUUGCCUUGCUCCUCGUGAUCUCAGCGAAGCAAUGACUAGCUUGGCAUUUUUAGACGUUGGGGACAUUGCCAUGGGCUUGUCCAUGCUUGAUGCUGGGAUUCCAGCAUGUGUCGGUCUUCAUCGAUUGAACUGCAGGGGAACGAACACAUGGGAGGCGCAUGAGUAUGAUGGAGUCAAUAGGGUCUUUAUUUUGGCCUUUUUUGAAGUCAACGAACAUUUUGUGGAGAUAAUGGGUAAUACUCAUGAUGCUUUUGAGUGCUGUGGUGGCCUUUUAACUCUGGAGCCAUUGGUGCCUUUGGCGAUAGUGUUUUGUACACCACUAGAUGCCCCAGUUGAGGUCAAGGAGAAUAUUUUGCAACACCUUGUCACGCUUCAAGGCGAGCAGGAUAGUGCGUUUGAGAGCUCUGUGGGGGGAUCCUCUCCAAUCUCGCAGCCCACGCAAAGGGAGACUAGCAUUGACGCAUUGACGGAACAUCCAAAAUUGGCAUCGCUGGAGGCGCUGAAGCAGUGGCAUGAUGAUUGCGUUAAAAGAGCCACCUCUUCUAGCGAUACCGAACACUCCCCGGUGGCGCCACUUGCAAAGGAUUUGGGGCGGCAAGCAAUGAAUAAAUCGCAGAUUUGCUCGCCAUUCCAAGAGUCUCCAUCUGUGAAUUCAGGAGAAGUACCACUCCCCAACAAACUGAUAGAAAUUCCCAUUCACUGCAAAACACGUGAAAUUGUAGCUUCGUCAUCGUCGUUUUUAUCCAAAUCAUCAAAGGAUACCUCUGUAAUUUCGGGGUCGCGUUCUUCAUCUUUGCCGUCUCCAGAGGCUGUAAUUAAAGAGCAAUCUUCAGAAACUUUCCGCGAUGAUGUGCCGUUAGAUAGCACUAGCACCUUUGAAAGUGAUACUGAAGCGGAGAAAGUUACACCAGAAAAUAUUGAUAGAGAGUGUCAGAGCGUGAAUGCAGUUCAUGUUCCUGUUUCCCCUGCUGAUGUGCAGAUGGAAGUUUAUGGUGGGUCGGCUGUCCCGCACGUACAGCAAAUCAUUUCGGGCCCCAUUGAAGAACCCUCAAGGCAUUCUUAUAUUCGACAGGAGCGGCGCAACGGCGAUGACGAUAACCAAUUUGCAACGUGCGCUGUCACUCCACUGGUGCGACCUCCGUCAAAGAAGAUGACAAAUGGCGAAACUCACAUGAAGAAAAGUAAAUAUUUGCAUAGAAAACGGGGACCUGUACUGCAGGGGUGCCACGGCUGUGCAGUUCUAUAG